AGCAGCCACCGACCCCCACACGCACAAUCCCGCCAACCUUUUGUUCUUAUACCUUCCGACGCCCCAGCCAUACCCCCCUUCCCCAACUUUCACACGCCGCCUCUGGUGCUAAUCACAUGCAACCCUUCAAUCUGUCCAGCGUACUAAACCCGGAAUCUCCCCCGCAGCAGUCCUCCACCAUCUCCAACACAUCUGCACCCACCCUACCGCCCGCCUCCAUGGCUACUGCUACCGUGAGCCUCAUGGCGCCGCUCCUGCAGCAGCAGCAGGCCCAGGACGAGCCUCGCCAGGACCUGCCCCGUCCCUACAAGUGCCCUCUCUGUGACAAGGCCUUCCACCGUCUUGAGCACCAAACCCGCCACAUCCGCACUCACACCGGCGAGAAGCCGCACGCCUGCACCUUCCCUGGCUGCACAAAACGAUUCUCGCGCUCAGACGAGCUCACCAGGCACUCCAGGAUACACAACAACCCCAACUCAAGGAGGGGCAAGGGCCAGCAUGCCGCUGCCCACCAGGCUGCUGUCGCCGCUGUCCAAGCUGGCCUCAUCGAGCCUGGCUCUAGUCUGGCGCACAUGAUGGCCCCGCCUCCACCCAAGGCCAUCUCUCGCAGCGCGCCCGGCUCUGCGCUUGGCUCGCCCAAUGUGUCGCCGCCUCACUCUUUCUCCAACUACUCGCCCAACGUCGGCAACGACUUGGCCGCUUACCGCCACGGAGGCCUCAGCAGCAACAGCAGCCCCAACGGCUUGUCAAGAAACAUGGACCUGCUUGCAGACGCAGCUUCGAGGCUCGAGAACCGCCACGGCCACCACCACUCAAGUCGUCACCACCCCACCAGCCACGGAUACCACCCGUACAACAACCACCGCCUUCCUGGCCUUUCUCAGUACGCCUACUCAUCUCAGCCAAUGUCGAGAUCGCACUCCCACGAGGAUGACGACCCUUAUUCGCACAGGAUGACGAAGAGGUCGCGACCGGGCUCGCCCAUGUCCACGGCGCCUCCCUCGCCGACAUUUUCACAUGACUCAGCCAGCCCCACUCCCGACCACACUCCCCUUGCAACACCGGCUCACUCGCCCCGUCUUCGGCCGCACGGAUUCCACGACCUCCAGCUGCCACAUCUGCGCCACUUGAGCCUCAACCAGAACUACGUUCCCGCGCUUGCGCCCAUGGAGCCCCAGACCGACCGCGAGGCGCCGUACAUUCCCAGUGCAUCUUCUGGCCUGCGGAUUGGCGACAUCAUCUCGAAACCUGAGGGUGCGCAGCGCAAGCUGCCAGUGCCCCAGGUCCCCAAGGUCGCUGUGCAAGAUCUUCUCAACGGCCCGUCAAGUGGCUUCUCUUCCGGCAACUCUUCAACAACACCCUCGAUAGCUGGCGAGGACCUUGCAAACCGCACUUAAAAUUUCCUUACCACUGCAUGGAUCGGCGUAUGGUAGCAUUACAUGACAUUUGUCAUUUGGAUUAGCGAGCGUUCUACGGAAUCAUAGAUGGAAUCAUGAGGGCACACCCGUGGAAAUUACGACUUCAAUUUUGAACUCGACUCCCCAGUAACAUAGACUUGCAGAUUUUCCUUUGUCGAAUUCAAUACCCCAGGAAUCCUAGCGAAUCCAGUCUUGUCUUCUUCUUCUCCCACAAGUUUGCUUUUGGCCUGCAGCCGAGCGCAUGGGUACGCCUGCUUAUUGGCAGGCUCUGGCUAGAUAGCUAGCGCAUAAUUGAAAAUCAAGCAUUCCACUCUUACUUCUUGUUACGAGACGAUUAUGGUUUGCUCGUGACGUGAUUCCAGUU